GGCCUCGCCUCCGCCCGCGCGGAGCCGCGGCUGCUGCUUCCCGGCCGCUCGGGGAGCGGGCGCCUUCCGGGGCCCGGAACUCUGUCCGGGCGCGGCCAGCAUGCUGCAGAAGCGGGAGAAGGUGCUGCUUCUGAGGACCUUCCACGGCCGGACGCUGCGGAUUGUGCGGGAGCAUUACCUGCGGCCCAGCGUGCCCUGCAACAGCCCGCUCUGCCCGCAGCCCGCCACCUGCCACAACGAUGGGAAACUCUUGUCCAGUGAUGUGACUCAUUACAUGGUUCCAGAUUGGAAAGUCGUUCAAGAUUACCUUGAGAUCCUUGAGUUUCCUGAGUUGAAGGGAAUUGUUUUCAUGCAAACGGCUUGUCAAGCUGUGCAGCGUCAAAGAGGCCGGAGACAGUAUAACAAAUUGCGAAAUCUCCUAAAGGAUGCGCGUCAUGAUUGUGUCCUCUUCGCUAAUGAAUUUCAGCAGUCCUGCUAUCUCCCUCGGGAAAGAGGGGAGUCCAUGGAGAAGUGGCAGAGCAGGAGUAUCUACAAUGCAGCCGCUUGGUACUAUCACCACUGCCAGCAUAGGAUGCCCAUCGUUAUGGUGACAGAAGAUGAAGAGGCAAUUCAGCAGUAUGGAAGUGAAACAGAAGGAGUGUUUGUGAUUUCCUUCAAGGUAUUUCCAGCUGGGAACUACCUGGACAAUUUUUGGCCUGAUUUAAAGGCCGCCCAUGAGCUCUGUGAGUCUAUCCUUCAGUCUCGACGAGAAAGAGAAAAUGAGAGUCAGGAGAGCCACGGGAAGGAGUACCCAGAACAUGUACCCCUGGAAGUGCUAGAAGCCGGCAUCAAGUCUGGGCGCUACAUCCAGGGAACUCUGAACGUCAACAAGCACAGAGCCCAAAUGGAAGCUUUUGUUCGACUUCAAGGAGCCAGCAGUAAAGAUUCAGAUCUCGUCAGUGACAUCCUAAUCCACGGGAUGAAGGCUCGAAACCGCUCAAUUCAUGGAGACGUGGUGGUUGUCGAACUGCUCCCUAAAAGUGAGUGGAAAGGGAGGACCGCCGCCCUGGGCGAGAGUGACGGUGACGACAGGGCCCCGGGCGAGGCCCCGGGCGAGCCCAUGCCCACAGGUAGAGUGGUAGGCAUCCUUCAGAAGAACUGGCGGGACUAUGUGGUGACAUUUCCGUCCAUAGAAGAGGUCCAAUCACAGGGCAAAAAUGCUCAGAAAAUCCUAGUUACACCUUGGGAUUACAGAAUUCCCAAAAUUCGAAUCAGCACUCAACAAGCAGAAGCCCUCCAGGACUUCAGGGUGGUCGUGCGCAUCGACUCCUGGGAGUCGACAUCCAUGUACCCAAAUGGACAUUUCGUGCGUGUUCUAGGAAGAAUCGGAGAUCUGGAAGGGGAAAUUGCCACCAUCCUGGUGGAAAACAGCAUUUCAGUGGUCCCCUUCUCAGAAGCUCAGAUGUGUGAGAUGCCAGUCAACACACUGGAAAAUCCCUGGAAGGUAAGUUCCCAAGAGGAACGAGAACGUAAAGACCUGAGGAAAACCCACCUGGUGUUCAGCAUCGACCCCAGUGGCUGUGAAGAUGUGGACGACACCCUCUCGGUCAGAGCCUUGGAUAACGGCAACCUGGAGCUUGGAGUCCACAUUGCAGAUGUGACGCACUUUGUAGCACCACACUCUUAUAUUGACAUUGAAGCUAGGACAAGGGCCACCACGUAUUACCUAGCGGACCGUCGCUAUGACAUGCUGCCAACCAUCCUCAGUGCUGACGUGUGCUCCCUCCUGGGAGGCGUUGAUAGGUAUGCUGUAAGCGUCAUGUGGGAAUUAGAUAAGACCUCCUAUGAAAUUAAGAAAGUAUGGUAUGGCAGAACCAUUAUUCGAUCGGCAUACAAGCUGUUUUAUGAAGCAGCCCAAGACUUGCUAGACGGAAACUUCAGCAUUGUGAAGGAUAUUCCGGAAUUCAAGGACCUGGAGGAGAGGAACAGACAAGCCAAGCUGGAGGAGUUGGUGUGGGCGAUCAGGAAGCUGACAGACAUAGCCCGCCACAUCCGAGCCAAGCGAGACCGCUGCGGUGCCCUGGAGCUGGAAGGGGUGGAGGUUCGCAUCCAGCUCGAUGAGAAAAAGAAUAUUCACGACCUCAUCCCCAAGCAACCCCUGGAAGUCCACGAGACUGUGGCUGAAUGCAUGAUCCUGGCCAACCACUGGGUAGCCAAGAAGAUCUGGGAGAGCUUCCCUCACCAAGCCUUGCUGCGCCGACACCCUCCUCCGCACCAGGAGUUUUUCUCCGAACUCCGAGAGUGUGCUAAAGCAAAGGGCUUCUUCAUAGAUACACGGUCCAAUAAAGCACUGGCUGAUUCUCUGGAUAAUGCAAAUGACCCCAACGAUCCUAUCGUCAACAAGUUACUUCGAUCAAUGGCUACACAGGCCAUGUCUAACGCUCUGUAUUUUUCCACUGGAUCAUGUGCCGAGGAAGAGUUCCAUCAUUAUGGUCUUGCAUUAGAUAAAUAUACUCACUUUACCUCUCCAAUAAGAAGAUACUCAGAUAUUAUAGUACAUCGAUUACUAAUGGCAGCCAUUUCAAAAGAUAAGAAAAUGGAAAUUAAGGAAAAUUUAUUCAGCAACAAAGAUCUUGAGGAGUUAUGCAGACAUAUCAACAACAGAAAUCGAGCAGCACAACAUUCUCAGAAGCAGUCUACUGAGCUCUUCCAAUGCAUGUAUUUUAAAGACAAAGACCCAGAAACUGAGGAGCGUUGCAUAUCUGAUGGGGUCAUUUAUUCAAUUAGGACAAAUGGUGUGCUUGUAUUUAUACCAAGGUUUGGGAUUAAAGGUGCUGCUUAUUUAAGAAAUAAAGAUGGUUUGGUGAUCUCAUGUGGCCCAGAUGGCCAUUCUGAAUGGAAACCAGGAUCCCUUCAACGCUUUCAAAACAAAAUCACCUCUACCACGACAGGAGGGGAAUCUGUUACGUUCCAUUUGUUUGACCAUGUAACAGUGAGAAUAUCUGUACAGACCUCACGUUGCCAUUCUGAUACAAUACGGCUUGAAAUAAUAAGCAGUAAACCACACAUGACACCAGAUACAGAACUUUUCCAGCAGAGUUCCCUCUUGCUAAAGAGUGAUUUAGUGAAAGAAGUAACUAGAUCUGUGGAGGAGGCUCAGCUUGCUCAAGAAGUCGAAGUAAACAUCACUGAAGAUUAUCAAAAAUACUGCCAAACAAAGGGAAGAAGCCUGUACACACUUUUAGAGGAAAUAAGAGACCUAGCUCUCCUGGAUGUUUCCAACAGUUAUGGCAUAUGAAACUCUUCUGACUUCAUUAAAGGAGAACUUUGUCUUAUGUGAAUGUUUUACCUUCUUUUAAACAUCAAGGUAAAAUUUUCUGUGCCCUUCAGUGCCACCCAAUCCCUGAUUGGUGGGGCGGGGGGUGGGGGUGGGGGGUGCAGAGAUUGGGUAGAUAUUUCACCUAUUUGUGAAAUGUUUUCUUAUCACUAAGUUGCAUUAAAGUUCAAUUAGGUCAUUAUGGAAAGUGGUUUUUCAGAGAUACUGGAUCACUGAAUCCUGGCUCUGCAAAACAGAUUGCCAGUCUUGUUAAUAAACCCAGAAUUGACUUUUGGCUA